AAAUGUAAAUUUCCAGUCUCCCAGGACUCUCGGGCUAUGGAAGUUAACAGACUUUGGCGGCCAUUUUCAGAGAAGAAAGAUUUUAACCCCACAGUUAAUGGCAGCUCAUGUUGAUGAACCUAGCCUCCUUCCUGAUGUUGAAGCCUCACCGCCAGCUGAAGAUCUAAUCUCAUUCUCACAGCCAGCUGAAGAUCUUAUCUCAUUCUCACAGCCAGCUGAAGAUCUUCUCUCAGUCUCACAGCCAGCUAAAGCACUAAAACCGACCAGUUGUGGCGUUAAUAAACACGGUGGCGAGAUAAUGAGUACCAGCUACAUACCUCCAUCACCUGCGAAACGCUCAUCACCACUACAAAGGAAGUCCGCACCAGCCGCGAAGCCCCCACCAGCUGCGAUGCCCCCACCACCACCCGCGAUGCCCCCACCACCGCCCACAAUACCCGCAUCAUUCAAUAUUCCCCCACCGUCCACUAUACCCGCAUCAUUCGAUAUUCCCCCACCGUCCACUAUACCCGCAUCAUUCAGUAUUCCCCCUCCACCCACAAUACCCCCUUCCUUCAGUAUGCCCCCACCACCCGCAAUGCCCGGAUUAUUCAGGAUGGCCCCACCCCAAUCUUUUGGGAUGCCUCGAUCAGCUGCGAUGUCCCCACCACCUUACCCUGAGUUGUAUUCCCAGCGGAGAAGACCCCCUCCCUUUCCUCAAGCCCCACCCCCACCACCACCUGCUGGAGGUUUUGGUUUUGGAUUUUCCGGAGGGGCCACAACUGGAGGGGCCACUUUUGGAUCAUCUGGAGGGGCCACUUUUGGAUCAUUUGGAGGGGCCACAGCUGGAGGGGCCACUUUUGGAUCAUUUGGAGGGGCCACAGCAGGAUGGGCCCCUUUUGGAUCAUCUGGAGGGGCCACUUUUGGAUCAUCUGGAGGGGCCACUUGUGGAUCAUCUGAAGGGGCCACUUUUGGAUCAUCUGGAGGGGCCACAACUGGAGGGGCCACUUUUGGUUCAUCUCCAGCAGCGGAUGUUGCAUCUUCCCUAAAACAAGAUUCAUUCGAAAAGCUAGGUUUUUAUCCCACCAGUGGGUCUCUGUUAGGUCACAGUGCUAGAGCAUCUUUCAGGAGAGGUCGGGGGUCGGCUUCUCUUUCUGCAGAAACGCGAGCACGAAGAGAUUAUUCUUUUGGAGAUGUCGCUUUGGGGUCAACAGGAGAGGCUUCUUUAGUAUCUUCUAUGGGGUCAGCUUUGUCUUCAGAUGGUCCACCAAUAUAUUAUGAUGAUGCCCCAGGGAGAAGUGAGAUGUCUGGUUCUUUCGAUAAACAGAUCCCAUCUGAGCAAGAGUCACUUCGUUGCCGUGAUGGAACGACAUCCGACCUCAUUUCUUUCCCACAAGCUCCUCCAGUUUUGAGAGAGAAGGCUACUGACACAAAGGAGAUUCAAUUGUAUUCCCGAUUUGAUCAAUCACGAAAGAUUCCCUUGAAAAGUGACCGAAGAUCUGGGUCGAAAUCCCGAGAGGUGGAGAGGGCGAGAGCAGCACCUUUGAGCAGGCCAACAGCACGUUCAUAUAGUCCAACAUCACCUGCGUACAGCCCAACUGGGCCUUCCCACAGUCCGAUAGACCCGUCGUACAGCCCGACAUCACCUGCGUACAGCCCGAUAGACGCGUCGUACAGCCCAACGUCACCUGCGUACAGCCCAACAUCACGUGCGUACAGCCCAACAUCACGUGCAUACAGCCCAACAUCACCUUCUUACCCCAAGAGUUUGGCUAAACUUCGUCCCUGUAAAAUUGAGCCCGUGCAGCCACGUCGUAAGCGACAGAUUGAAGAGACGCAGAAGCCAAAGCCAUCCGCGGUGACGCACGGCUUUGGUUCGCUGGUCAGCUGUGUCAGACGCAGGGGUGCGAAACUCACCAUGGACAAGCUGGCAGAGCUACUCAAGUCUCAGAAUGGGGCCGGCUACUGGGAGUUUUCCUCUCAGCUGGACAAGCUUCUUGGAGUGGACAGCAAGAAAUGUGUGGACAUUCUCCGUGCCAGUGGACUCUCCUCACUAGGUUCUCAAGCAUCGGAGAACAUUCUGCUGCUAGUGUCCACUAUCCUCACGCUUCUUUCCAUCGUUGAACUUUUGCUGCCAGAGUUAUUCCCCCUAGAUGUCCAGCGGAUGGGAGAGCUCUCCAGAAAUGUUAGGAAAAUAGCCGAGCUUCGGGCCUCGGUGGAUCAGCAAGUGGAGGAAAAAGGAAUUGACGCAGACUCGCUGCGACGUCUGUCCUCUGCGCUGUUCUUCUGUGAGGUGACGGACCGUGGUCAUCCCCUGGUGUAUUCCACCCUGGAACUGGGUCAUGACUGGGUCACUGUGUGCGCUCAUUUCCUCGGCGUGUACGCUGUGUAGUGUCAAAGAUAGUACAUAACAAGAUGGUCCACUCAGCACAAAAAGUGUCCGCCGGAAGUCCGCUCUUUGCUUCAGAUAGCGCUGAAGUCUGUUUUCAAGCUCUUUUUCGUUUCUCCAGAAGAAGAAUAGGAAUAGCACCUCCUUGGGUGCGCAGAUCGACUGCUGUUCAUUAGCUGUUCGGGUUCGUUCAGUGCAGAGUUUUAGGUUUUUUUUAUUUCAAUGACCUCUCGUCUUUCAUUCCAAAGUCAAAUUAAAAGAAGAAAACAGUCACCCUUUUUUCCGGAAGAGGUUUUUUGUCUGCGUAACCAUUUUAA